AUGGCCAAGUCCAGAACCGGAUGCCUGACUUGUAGGAAACGCAAGCGCAAGUGCGACGAGACACGACCAGAAUGUAAGGCAUGCGUCAGCCGCAACGCCAAAUGUGGUGGUUACUUGCGCCCGGUGCGGUGGGCCAACGGUAUAGCUUCCAGAGGCAGAUUUGUCGGUGUCAACCCGGGAAUGAUGAUACCACAGCCAGAGAUGCCUAUCGCGUCUGCCGAGUCUGCACAAACGAAUGUCGACAUCUCCUCGCUGGGAAGGAUGCGUCCGAUCACCAAAAAGGAGCGAUUGGCGUUCGAUAGAUUCCUCGCCGGAGGUCUCCAUCAUAUCUGCAGCGCCCGAAUCUACGGUUGGCUUGCCCCGUUCUUCGAUGUCAUGUCGAGGGACUCCGAGUCUAUCAUAGUCGUGGCGGCCGCACUACAGACCUUCCUUGAAGACGGUUUGACAAUUGCGUCCCUAGAGCAUAUAGAUCGUGCUCUUCAAGUCUUUCGCACUGAACUCACGACUCGAGGUGACAAGCGGGGCACAGCUACUCUCUUGCAAGCCCAGCCGUUUACUCCAUACCUUAGAUUGAUCACGGAUGUUCACAAUCUCGGUACCCUACUAGAGAAUAGUAUAUCCGACCCCAAGCUGAAUCCUCCAGUCCAGCAUACUUUGGAGGUAUUGGGCGUCAUGGAUCUACCAACGUUCGUCAUUGGCCGCACACAACCAAGUAUGAACUUGUGGACGCAAAUUCGCGGUGUUACAGUCGCCGACGCAAGUCCCUUGAUGGCUGAAUCCCAACUGUGGACUUGGCAGGGCCUGGUUGGCAAUUUCCUCGAGUGUCACCAUUGGGAUAGUUGGAGAUAUGCCGGCAUUCUUGACAUCCGCCGCCGACGUCGGCUACGAGGCGCUCCAAUAACUCAUUCCAACGCUAUUAUUCCAACUAACUACCCUGUCUCUGGUACCUUCCCACCCACCGAGGUUGUGCUUUGCCGACUAUUGUGCUCGUUGGAGGCAAUGUGCCGAGGCCUUGAAGCGGCUGAAGACAAACGGCAGACCUCGCUGCACCACGGGCUGCUUUACCCAUUUGCCACGGCAUCUUUGGAGUUCUCUACUCUGUCGCUGCACCCAACGUGGCAAGAACUCAUGAAUAACAUUCGCCUGAGAUUUCUUGAAAUCUCACCAACCAAGUUUUCGUCAUCUUUGCUGGAGCUUCUCGAUGAAGCCCGAUCAUCAGGUGAUGAAAAGUUCGAUAUCGAAGAGGCUGCUCGAGGACGGAAUAUAGAGAUUGCGUUGUUCUGA